GAAAGGCACCUUGUUAACCUUCAUUCAUAAACUAACACUUAGUCUACUCUUUUCCGUCCCCAAGCCAGUUCGAUUAUUUAAAGUCAUUUUGCUUAAUUAAUUAAGGGUUUUACUCAUAUUUUUACAUGUAUAUCCCUUAAGUCUUUGACUUCAAAAACCAAUCCACGUGCAGAAGUGCAGCACUUCGUCGCCUGAAAACCAUUGAAGGUUGAAGUGAUUAAUGGGAAACCAACAGGCACGUCGCAUGGCAUCGGCAACGCUCGGUGGUGAAGGGAGCACACGCCACCUUGAAGAUUCGUUGAACGUCCCUCCCGAAGCGAACACCCCGUCGGCUCCCUUGUCUUACGGGUGGGUGAAAGUCUGUAUCGAGGCCCACGGAUAUCAUCAGUUGACGUGUCCGCCCCCUCUUACUAUUGAAUCUUAGGCCACAGAUAUCCAUGGUGCCGAACGUCCCAACCGCUAUCCAAUCCGUGGGUCACUUCGGACUUGCGUCUGAUCUGUUUGGCUGGCCGGAAACACCCACUCUCGUUCCUGUUGCGAUAAGUUGGACUCAGGGUGGCAGCAUUGUUGAGGUGGAAGGGAGCUUCGAUAAUUGGCAGUCGCGCCAGGCGCUUCACCGCAGUGGCACCCGUGAGUUUGCCAUAGUCAAGAUGUUACCUCCUGGGGUCUAUCAGUACAAGUUCAUAGUUGAUGGGGAGUGGAAAUAUGCUCCAGAUCAGCCAGCGAUGUAUGAUGAAAUGGGGAAUGUGAACAAUGUUCUCGAGGUUCAAGAAUAUAUUCCAGAGAUAUUGGAUUCCCUGGACUCAUUUCUUGCACCUUCAAGCCCGACAGAGAGCUACAAUAAUAUUCUAUUCAGCCCGGAUGACUUUGCAAAGGACCCACCUGCCUGUCCCCCACAUCUGCAUCUCACACUGCUAAACAUGCCGCAGAUUCCUGAUGCGCCCAACUUGCUUCCUCGACCUCAACACGUGGUUCUUAAUCACAUUUAUAACGACAAAAACAUGACAUUAGCGGGUACGCAGGUAAUGGGCACUACUCAUAGGUACCGGUCAAAAUACGUGACCGUAAUUCUUGUCAAGCCUGGCUGAGCUUCUCAGAAUUGGGUACACAGGUAAUGGGCACUACUCAUAGGUCCCGGUUAGAAUACGCGACCGUAGUUCUUGUCGAGCCUGUCGAUUUUUUUCGACUCCUUCAAACUGUGGCCACCUAUUGGAGAAGGGAAAGUAUCUAAACAUUUGCAUGCCGACGUGCAGCGGUGGCACGCCAGUAGCUGGCUGACCGGGCGGCUGGAGUUUCAGCCUUCGAAAAUGACUCUCGCAGUGCCAGUACCUGAACAAUUUUUGCGAGGAUAUGUGUUUUCUGGUUUACGUCGCAAGCAACAUGUGGUCACUGUGCCAUGUACCAAUUCAAGUGUUCAGUGCUCAAAUGGUCGACUGCCCAAAGCUAAAUAAUAGAAAUGAUUUCGCCUUGCCAGUCCCGCUCAGCAGCAGGGCAACCUGUUCAUACCACCAUGCGUUUCUGAAUGAAUCAUAACUGGUGUAUACUCGUAAAAGCGACAAAAGCCGCAUGUUCCGAUUCUGAGGACAGCAUCCAUCUGAGUCGUGGACUGUUUCCGAUGACAGC